AUGACAAGCUUAUCACAUCCUAGAGAGAAUCAAUUUGAGCCAACUAAACCUGUUGGCGUGCAGAUCCAAAAAUCUUUGGAUAAUAAAAAAUUAAAGAAAGGUUCCCAAUUAGCACCACAAAUAUCUAAUCAACCCCAAUCAAAGCAAAAAAUACAGAAAGAAACCCCAAUUUCAAAGCCUCCACUAAAAUCAAUUCAGCGUUCACAUUCAGAGGGGAGACCAAAAGAAAAUAUUCGAACGAUUGCAAAAUUUGAUGAACCCGAAAAAAUCGAAAAUAACUCAAAAGUUCCAUCACCAAGUAAUAUUGUAGAGGAUUGUUUAAGCUCGGAUUCCUCGACUGAUAAUGAAACGUCAACAAUGGGAGAUUCAAAGCCAUUACUAGAUCUAUUAUCAAAAAUUAGAUCGACAAAAACGAAAUUAAAUGCUCGGGAUAAGGCUGCUUUAGAACUUCAUCAAAAGACUUUGGAAACUAUGCAAAAAAUAGUUACAGAUUUGAUUGAAAAACACGAUGAAAUCGCAGAGCGUGAUCAGAAAAUAAAGGAUGGUAAAAAACAUGUUAGAGAACUUUUAAAUACUAUAACAGGAAAAGAUACGAGAGAUAUUAUUGAUGCUUUAAGUAUAUCUCUCGAUCAACCGCCCGAAAACUUUGGUUCAACAAGUAAUUCUCUAGACGCUCUUCUGAAACAACUUCAAAAAGCUACUGAUGGACUAAAAAAUGUUGAAGGGCAGUUAAAUAGGAAAGAAAAGAGAUUAAAAACUGCGCUAGAAAUUGCUCAAGAUUUAGUUGACAAGAGAUUAAAUUUAAUUAACUGGGAACGUAAAUUACAGAAGCAUGAACAACGUGUUAAUAAGAUUUCAAGUCAUAUUGGUGAAUCAAAGGAUUCAAGUAUAAUUAAUCAACGAAAUGAUGGAUCAAGAUAUAUUGGAAGUGUUCUAGGAUCGUUUAUCGAAAAAAAGGAGAGCGAAAACAAUAAGAAUUUGGAACAGGAUCAAGAAAAUAACGCGAUUAGGCCUAGUACUAAUUCGGGUCCUUCUAGAUCACAAAAAGAAGUUUGUACAGAAGAUGGUUGGGAGAAAAUAGUAUUUCGUUCAGUACCAGAAAAUGAUCUCGCCAGUAACAAUUCUUUAUCUACGAAUAACGAUAGAUUUUGUGGACAAAUCGACAAAAAUAAUGGAAAACCCCCAUCUGCAGAAAUAAAUGAACAAAAAUAUGAUGAAAAUUUGAAUGAUAUGAGUCACUCGACAAUUAAAUCAUCUGAAACAAAUCAAAUGACGGUCAUUUCUCAAAUGGAUGAAUAUUUGUUAUUAUUAGAAAAACAUAAAAUAAUGAAAGAAUAUUUAGGAAAGAUUGGUGAUAAUCAACAAAGUAUUAAAGACUACUUAUCAAAAGCUGAUAAUAACCGUGAUGUUAAUUGUUCUGCUAUUAAUAGUGAAUACUUUAGACCAAAUGUAACUUUUGAAGAAACAGCGAUAACAGAAGUCAUAGGUGAUACCCCUAUAGAAAAAAAGGUUGAUAAAGGAAAUGGAAAACAAAUUAAUAAUUUUACACCAACAUUACCAGCAUUGCCGACAUUUGAUCAACUUACAAAUGAAAAUUUAUUAGAAACCGAACCAAAUAUUGAAGAUUCAGAUUCAGAUUGGCAAGAAUUAACAUCAAGAUUUAAUGGACUCAGCUCUGCAAGGAAUAAAAUAGCGAAGCAAAAAUCCUCUAAACGUGUUAGCAAGCCUACUCCUCUGAAUAAAUUUUCGAAGAAAGUUCUCACCACAGGUAGCUUAGCUCGUAAUGGUGAUUGGGAAAAUGUAGUGUUGAAAAUACAAAAUAAAAGUCACCUCCAAAAAACUCCAAACUUCCUCAGUAGUAAGAAAGGUAUGGUAUUUUUCAAUUAAUUCGUCGUUCAUUUAAUUAAUUAAUGGUUUAAAACUUAUUUAAUAUUUUUUUUUUUUUUUAUUUAAG